ACACAUCUUAAUCGUCGAUAUUUUAGUCCUUAAUUUCAAUACGGUGGGGUAUACAAUUUCGAAUUUUCGAGCUAGACAUUGGGCAUUUGGGCACACAUCUUAUCCAACAUCCCUUUCGAUCUUCAGCAAGUGGAAAAGCCGCGAAAAAAAAGCGCAAGCUCAGAUUCUGAUCGGAAUCAUCUGGUUACAAUUAAUCUGUUGUUUUCACUCCAAGUUUACUUUGACCUUUAGAAUUCAAUCCCAGACUUCAUACCCAAACCCUCUCAAUUGUUAAAGUCCCACUCUAAAAUCAUCGGCGAGUUGAAGAAGGGACCAUACAGAUGCAGACAGCGAUGACAAAUUCUCAGACCAACAACUCAACUGUAACUGUACUUCACAACGCCGUCAUCGUCACCGUGGACCCCGACGCCCGGGUCUUCCGCAACGGCGCCGUCGUCAUCGAGCAUGACUCGAUCACAGCCGUUGGUCAGUCUUCCGAUAUUCUUCACCGCUUCUCUACUCAAGCUCAUCACGUUGUCGAUCUCAAUGGCCAAAUCGUUCUCCCUGGAUUCAUCAACACGCACGUACACACCUCUCAGCAACUAGCAAGAGGGAUAGCUGAUGACGUCGAUUUGAUGACGUGGCUGCACGACCGGAUUUGGCCUUACGAAUCCAACAUGACUGAGGAAGAUUCAUACAUUUCUACUCUGCUUUGUGGAAUCGAGCUCAUUCACUCUGGUGUAACUUGCUUUGCUGAAGCAGGAGGGCAACAUGUGUCAGGAAUGGCGAGGGCGGUUGAAUUACUGGGGAUGCGCGCUUGUUUAGCCGAGUCCAUCAUGGACUCUGGUGACGGCCUGCCCACAACUUGGGCUGCUCGGAGUACUGAUGAUUGUAUAAAGUCUCAGAAAGAGCUUUACAAUAUGCACCAUAAUUCAGCUGAUGGGCGCAUUAGAGUGUGGUUAGGAAUUAGGCAGAUCAUGAAUGCAACUGAUGGUUUGCUACUUGCAACAAGGGAUAUAGCCAAAGAACUGAAAACUGGAAUCCACAUGCAUGUUGCAGAGAUAGCAUAUGAGAACAAAUUUGUGACUGAUACUCGAAAAGUUGACCAUGGAACGGUCACACACUUGGAGCAGAUAAAGCUUCUCCAAAACAAUUUGCUAGCGGCUCAUACAGUUUGGGUCAACGAUUCUGAGAUCGAUUGUCUUUCAAAGGCGGAGGUGAAAGUAUCUCACUGUCCUGCUGCUGCAAUGCGAAUGCUUGGAUUUGCGCCUAUUAGAGAGAUGAUUUCUGCUGGCAUCUGUGUCUCCUUGGGAACAGACGGGGCCCCAUCAAAUAAUAGAAUGAGCUUAGUUGAUGAGAUGUACUUGGCCUCUCUGAUUAACAAAGGACGUGAAGUUUACAUGAAUGGAACCACUGAUCCUACUGCUCUUCCUUCUGAAACAGUUAUCAAGAUGGCAACUAUAAAUGGUGCAAAAUCUGUACUCUGGGAUAAUGAAAUAGGGUCCCUUGAAGUUGGGAAAAAGGCUGACCUGGUUGUUAUCAAUCCUUCCACUUGGACCAUGAUUCCUCUCCAUGACUGCAUUUCCAGCCUUGUGUAUUCUAUGCGAACUGAAAAUAUCGUCUCGGUCAUGUGCAAUGGCAAGUGGAUUAUGCAGGAUAAGAAGAUUCUGAAUGUGGAUGAGGGACACGUUCUUUCAAUGGCCAAGCAAGCUUCUGCAGAAAUUGUAAGGAGGGCAGGCAUCAAAAUACCAAACAGGAUGAACUUUCUUUGAUGCUCUACUCACUAACGUGCUCUAGUCGUCUGGUUGGUGUUCUUCCUAAAACAGCUAUUGUUUCUGUAUAAAAGAACAUGUAGGAAUUUACAGCAGUUGCAGUCUUUGGUUUAUCAGCUGCCAAAAGCCACCCAGAGCUAAUGAUCAUAGUAGCUUACCUUCAUGUUUAUGGAUGUGAUGUUAGUCACCUUUGUAUCGUUGUAGUGAAAGCUGUUUCCACGUUCUAAGUUGCAAAGGAUGAGAUUAGACAACAAAGAUAUUUUUGUACAAUUUGUAUUCUCAAAAUAUCAGGUCACAAAUGUUCAAGCUGUCCUUGUACAUGGCCUUGUAAUGAACUAUCUCUUAGUUUGUAUUGUUUUUGUUCUCUU